AUGGAAGUCUCCGAGAGCGAAUGGGUCAGUAAGGGCAUCGAUAACGUGGACAAGUAUCUGAACAGAGGCGGAGACUGCGAAGGGGACAACCCCCAAUUUUUAGGAGGAACGGACCUUCAGAACACGAUAGGCAUAGCCAUGGGACUACCGCUGUACAAUCCGGAGGAUUGGACGAAGUCGGAAUUGGAAAGGGCGUUCCGGGGAGAACUUGUGUUCUUCAAAGGCGACUCUUUAAAGGCCAUCAACGUUAUAGCCGAUGCGAUUGUAAGCGCCUGCGACGGGGAUAGCAAAAAUUACAUAACGAUUAUACCAAUAGAGCUAUACUAUAAUGGAAAACUAUACGAACUGCCGGUGUUUAGAGCGCAUCGCUACAAGGACUCGAAAAAGUACUACGUCGACAAUACGGGGCGGGUCUACGACAGCGUCAGUGAUUGGUACAAUAACAGCAAGCUGCCACCGUGCAAGAUGCUGUACCCCGUCGAUCUGAGGUUGAAGCUGAGACCGGGUUACAAGUACUCGCACGUGUACGUAGCCUCCACUCCGUCGGCGAGGGGAGACGCGAAAGUCGCCAGGGGAAUCGAUACGGUGAGCGCAGUGGCCGGGAUCUCCUCUGGUGUAGGAUUACUCUUUGUAUCGGGAGGCUUAGCGGCUCCAUUGGUCGUCGUGGGGGCAGCCAGCGCGAUCUGGGGCUCCGCUAGAGCCACGCACCAGCUAGCGGAUCGAGCGACGCACGGAGAAUCCAUCAAUCCAUUUACGAACACCGAGUCCCGAAUGCUAUGGAUCGGCAUCGCCGCAAACGUGGCCAGCUUCGGGGCGAUGGGCGCGACCAUGAGGCUCACGUCGCUGGCGGCGCGCGGCAGGGAGAUCUCCACGGCCCUCCGCAUCAUAACGAAUGUGGCCAACGGAACUAGCUUAACUCUGAGCACGUUGGCGAUACUCAACAACACCGUAUACCUGAUUGAGCAUUUCGACGACUUGUCCAAAUUAGACGUUCUCAUGCACUUGGCGGCGAUCGCCUUCUGGACCAAAGGCGUGUAUACGUACAAAACUGCGGGCGCCCUGAUCAGAGAAGCGGAGGUUCAGGCCUUCAAAAAUAUCAAUAAGGAGCUGAGCCCCGAGAGGCAACAGCAGCUGGAAGAAGUGAGGAACAGAGUUCAGAAUGACGCGAGUCUUCUUCGCCAGUUCAUAGCCGCUUCUCAAUCUAACGUGUCUAUACAGGAAUACUCUCAAGUGCUGAUAGACGGCAUGCAAUAUUACGACACCCUCAGCAACAUGACUCCGGAGCAGGUGGAGGCGUUCGCAAAUCUUAGAAACGUCCUGAGGGAUGACUUGCGGCUCGUCACCGGUCUCCAGAGAGUGGCCCAAGCCACGAACUUGAACAGACAACAGACGCUAGAGCUCGUCGUGGGCAUGUGGCAGAGGUACGCUGAAUCAAACUUCGCCAGCACGAGCGAUAUCAGCUUAAGAGGAGGCGCUCUGGUCUUAGGCAGCGCUCCGCCGAUUCGAAUCAACCAAAUGCCCGAGCUAUCUGUCUCCAUGAUUCGAUUUUUCGGUGAGCAUUUGAGUAAAAUAGACGUCAGUGCGACCAGUCAGUGGUCGGUUCCCGAGUUGCUGGCGCUCCAGAAUCGAGGAUUAUUCACCGACUGCCCGGUCACCGGGAUAUCGAGGAAAGGCCACUCCACUCUCAUGUUGGCCGACAAGCUAGAGAUCAGCGUAAAGAAACUGCAGAGCAUGUCGCCCGAAACCUGCCGAAAGAUGUUCACCCUGGUCGCGGCUCUCACUUCUAACCAAUCCGAGACGAGCGCGCGAUUGCCCGCCGACAUCGUCCGUCUCUGCGUCCGCGAACUCAGAUUACGCUUCGAGGUCCACCGGCGCGAGAGCGUCGAAUGGGCACUGAGCUGCGCGAGUCAACGAGCCAAUCUGUGCACAAUCCUUCGGGGCGAUCUGAUGCCGCACGAGAGGGACCGGCUUUUCACAUUCAAAAGCGACGUCGCGAUGUGCAAGGCGGACGAAAUAUACAUGGGUGACAUGAUGAAGUUUGUCUCCGAGCAGAAUCCGAGAAACGUGAGCGAACUCGUCGCGUACGCCGAGUUCGUAAUGACGUACGUGGAAGAAGCGGCCGCCAACAUCCAAGGAGAUAUAGCGGAAGGACGGAGGCAGGUGCCGCGGAACAUUAAGAAAACCCGCUGGGCCAGAGAGCAAGCGAGCAGAGAGGUGUUCGCCGAUACGGCGGCGAUGAAAGAAAAAUUAGCGGAGUUACUACGAAUCGUAGACACAAACGACAUGGUGGGAGUGCAGACGCUGGAGUCUGGUCUGUCAGACGGCGCGCUGGUGAGCGCGGUCCGUUCGCACAGGAUCAGGUUCGGCGGAAGGAUCUCGGCGGCUUAUCACAUCUACAAGCACAGGACGGACCCCAUCACUUCGUACGUGGACCGCGCCAAUAACGUCAUGCGCCAAGCCGCCGAGCCCACCGUCACCAUCGGGCAGCAAGGCGACACCAGGCUCCUCUCGUUCAAGACUGCCGACGGCAGUUGCAUAGUUCUCGAGAGCAACGGCCGAGUCUUGCUCUGCACUUUCACGGAAAACGUGAGGCGCUGA